UCAGCUGAGUUCUGUCAAGUCUAAAAUCCCAAGUCUGAAAUCCAACUUGGGGAUGUUGUUUACUGACAAACUUCUUAGCUAGUAUAUAGAAUCACAGUCAGUUUUCAUUAACCGCCCAUCGUUCCAUUGUUGCGGUCGUCUAAAAUACUCAUCGAAACAAUGACUGAGGCAUUGAAACCAGUUUUUAGUUACAUUGAUAGCAACAAGGACAAGUUUAUUAAAAAUUUGAAUGAAGCUGUUGCCAUCAAAUCGGUUUCUGCAUGGCCAGAGACUCGCCCUGAGAUUUUCAAAAUGGUUAAGUGGGUUGCAGCCAAGCUUGAGGAUCUUGGAGCCACAACAGAGCUGAAAGAUGUUGGCAAGCAGAAAUUGCAUGAUGGGAGUAUUUUAGAUCUGCCACCUGUUCUGUUUGGCAAACUUGGGAAUGACCCCAGCAAGAAAACUGUGAUGGUGUAUGGCCAUCUAGAUGUUCAACCAGCACUAAAGGAAGAUGGGUGGGAUACAGAUCCGUUUGUAUUGACAGAAGUUAAUGAAAAACUGUAUGGUCGAGGAUCUACUGAUGACAAAGGACCAGUGCUUGGUUGGAUUCAUGCUAUUGAAGCCUUCCAACAAACUGGCCAAGACUUGCCAAUCAACAUUAAGUUUUGCUUUGAAGGCAUGGAAGAGUCAGGAAGUGAAGGUCUAGAAGAACUAUUGCACAAGGAAAAGGAUGGAUUUAUGAGUGGGGUUGAUUACGUUUGUAUUUCCGAUAAUUACUGGCUCGGUAAAAACAAACCAUGCCUGACCUACGGUCUUCGUGGCCUUUGCUAUUUUGAAAUUGAAGUGGCUUGUGCAGAAAAAGACCUCCAUAGUGGUGUUUUCGGUGGUUCAGUACACGAAGCAAUGGCCGAUUUGAUCUAUAUGAUGAAUACUUUGGUAAACAACAAGGGGGAAAUCUUGGUUCCUGGAAUCAUGGAUGAUGUUGUUCCCGUCACUGAUGAAGAAUUGGCAACUUACACCACAAUUGAUUUUGAUCUGGAACAUUACAAGAAGGACAUUGGUUGCAAACAUUUGUUACACAAAACCGACAAGUCAAAAACGCUCAUGCACCGAUGGCGUUUCCCUGCUCUCUCGUUGCAUGGAAUUCAAGGAGCGUUUAGCGAACCAGGAGCAAAAACUGUUAUACCAAGGAAAGUUUCUGGCAAAUUUUCCAUUCGUAUUGUCCCUAAUCAAACCCCUGAGAAGGUAAAUAAGGUGGUAAACGAUUAUCUCAACGAGAUGUGGAAGCUGCGCGAAAGUCCCAAUGAAAUGAAGGUGAUCAAUCAUCAUAGUGGAAAGCCAUGGAUGGCAGAUCCCUUCCACCCUCAUUAUCUGGCUGGUCAGAAAGCACUUGAAGAAGUUUAUGGAUGCAAGCCUGACCUUACACGCGAAGGAGGAUCUAUUCCGAUAACUUUAACGUUUCAGGAGGUGACGGGCAAAAGCGUGAUGCUGCUGCCGAUGGGUGCCGCGGACGAUGGUGCCCAUUCCCAAAACGAGAAAAUUGAUAUCCGUAACUACAUCGAAGGGACCAAAUCAUUGGCUGCAUAUCUGUACCAUGUUGCUCAUUGAUAAAAAAACUGAUCUAUGAUAUCGAAACUAAUCCCACCAUCCUAUGUUACAACAAUCUUCCACCAGUUUGUUUAGCUGUUGAUUGCUGUUUUCUUGUUUUCUGAUAAUAUUUCAAUGGAAUUUAGUAACACGUUUUUUAUACGGUGUGGGUGAUAAUGUAGUGAAUUCGAUAAAUAAAA